AUGUCAGAAGAAAUGGUGCCCCUGACUGGGGAGGGACGGGGUGAAUACAACGCCCCAUUUCAAGUGACCAUCGAUGCAGGCGCCGCCACGUCUGGGAUGAUCAAUUUCUCGGUAAACGCAUUGGCGCGGAUUUCUAAUGCCGGGAUUGACCAUUUUGCCUAUGGGGUUUGCGUGGUGGUUGGCAACACGAUCUGCUGUACCCCAAGCGGGUUGCAACGAUUCUAUACUGCGCUGAGCACCGCCCCCGUCCACGCCAGUUUCCAGAAUAUCCUCUGGUUCGGAUUCGGACACAAAAGCCCAAUUCAAAUCCUCACAGGGACCGAGUCAGGAUGCAGGUUUGCUGCUCUAAGCGCCUGCCUGACUGAGGUAUACUCGGUUAAUGUAGCCGGUAGCAUAAUGCUCGAGUUCACUCGCAAAGUCAUGAGACAAGUUUCCGAAUCCCAACAGACUGCGCUGCCAUCUUCACUGCAUAUGACAUCGCUCGUUGAAAAGUGCGCUGGGAUUUUCACUGCCAGCAGCUUCCCACUUUGGGCGGAACAAUACAUGGCUUUUUGUCGGACAGCACGCCUGGCGACAUGGUUCCAACCAUACUCGACGAACGCGUGGAGUAGCAAACAUCUCUGA